AUGCUUGAAGCUGUGAUAAGACAAAACUCUGAUAACACUGAUAUUCAAAAACAUGCUUUACAAAAGAUCCAAGAUGAGUUAAGAACAUGUAACUCAGAGUUGCAUGCAACUGAAGAAAACAAGAAGAAAUUGUUGAAUGAGAAAAUGAUAUUGGAAGAAAGAAUUUCAAGACUUGAAAAGAAGAAAGUUGAUGAGAUACGAACGCUUGAGAAAGAUUUAGAACAAGAAAGAAAGAUGACAAAGCAUCGAAUUUCUGAACUUGAGAAGCAAUUGGCUGAAUAUAAGGUUCUCUAUAAAGAGGAGACGGUUUUACGAAAACGAAACUUUAAUACUAUUGAAGAUAUGAAAGGCAAGAUCAGAGUCUACUGCCGAUUAAGGCCCUUGACACCAAAAGAAAGGACUCACAAAGAAAACGAUGUGGUUACAUGUGUUGAUGAGUUUACAGUUCAACAUGUAGGAAGAGACGGAAUGAUUAAAAAACAUUUUUAUGAUCGUGUGUUUGAUGGAAGUGCCACUCAAAAAGAUGUUUUCAAUGACACAAGGUAUCUCGUACAAUCAACCAUUGAUGGUUAUAACGUGUGGAUAUUUGCAUAUGGUCAAACUGUUAGUGGGAAGACUUUUACUAUUUAUGGAUCUAAAAACGAUCCUGGACUUACCCCACUUGCCACUUCAGAGUUAUUUCAAAUUCUGGAAAAGGAUCGCGACAAAUUCAACUUCUCUUUAAAGCUAAUUUGGAAGAUCUAUUUCAUAUGGUUGAUUGCGGGAUAGCAACUAAUGUGCCUAUUAUUCAUACAAAUCUCAAACCAAGAAAACCAUCUGAAAGGAUUAUUAAGAUCAAGCUCCGAAACCCAAUUUUUGAUAAGGAUGAAAGUGGAUCUACACAGGACAAACCUGUUAAUUUAGAACAGUAUAUUUAUGAACUGGAAUGGGACAAAACUCUAGCCGUUUGUGAUGUUUUUUUGAUACUUGGAACUUAGUAUUCCUAGCCUUUUGUAAUGCAUGUCCCCUUUUAACAUGUUUAUAUUCCUGCUAUA